GAGGGAGAGGAGGAGGAGGAGCAGGAGCGCCUUUCACCUUGCUGCAGCUGUUCCUGAUUGGCUAGAUGGUUCAGCUGCUUCCCUGGAACAAAAGGUCAAAGUGGACUGCAGUGUAACUGUAGAGAGGCAGCCGAUAAAUAGCCUUGCCUGAAGAAGUUUGGAGGCCGAGAUCUCCCAGCAGCACCCUGGCAAACAGCAGCGCAAGUGGUUUCUCCUGCCGGGAGGCGAGCCUUCCUCCCAAGCCCCGCUGAGCCACUGUAAGCAGACGUGCACUGUACAGGCGGCCAGACUUGUGGACGACAGUUGUGAGAUUUCAUUGCAAGUUUCCAUUCGAGAAUGGCUUGUGAAAUCAUGCCUCUGCAAAGCGCUCAUGUAUCCCAAGUCAGCAAUGUUUCCACAACUGGAGAACUCUUAGAAAGAACCAUCCGGACCGCUGUAGAACAGCAUCUUUUUGAUGUUAAUAAUGCUGGAGGGCAAAGCUCGGAAGAUUCAGAGUCGGGAUCUUCAUCAGCUUCUUCUGCCACCUCCACCAGGCAGCGCCGCCGCCAGUGCAAGGACCCGGAUGAGGCUCUACGUGGAAGAGAGCAGGGACUUACCAACAAAGAAAAUAUUCCUUCUGCCUUCAACAACCUUGAUGAAUGUAUUUUGAAUUCUCAGGAAGUAGAAAAACUACAUGAAAAUACUUCUGAUUAUAUUGGAGAAAGGAGCAAACCUAAACGUCAGAAAUCUAGUUCUAAACUUUCUGAUCUCAGUGAAAAUCAAGAUGGUCUUGUGAAUAUGGAAAGUUUUCAUUCCUCACGAUCAAAUGACAGGACUGGAGCUGAUGAUGCUGAGCUGAUGUCUGAGGAAAGCAAAGAAAGUGAAAGCGAUGGUGGAGACACCCAGCAUUUUGAGAGCCCCACGAUGAAGAUUCAGGAGCACCCCAGUAUACCCGACAGCAAACAGCAGAGAAAUCAAGAUGCUGACGCCCAGCAGGAGAGCUUUGUCUCCGAAGUGCCCCAUUUGGACCUGACUGCAUUGUGUGAUGAGAAGAGCUGGGAAGGAACCUGGUUCUACCUAAUGACUGGAGAUGGCUCUGACCACAGAAGAGGCAUCAAGCCCAUCCCUACCUUCUCCUCCUGGCAGCGGGAAGACUCUGACUCUGAGGAAGCCCGCCUCUCCCCGCAGGCCGGGUGCCUGAUUCGCCAGCUUCUGGAGGAGGACAGCGACCCCAUGCUCUCUCCUCGCUUCUAUGCCUAUGGGCAAAGCCGGCAGUACCUGAAUGACACAGAAGUGCCUCCUUCUCCCCCCAAUUCCCACUCUUUCAUGAGGCGGCGAAGCUCCUCUCUGGGGUCCUAUGACGAUGAGCAAGAGGACCUGACACCUGCCCAGCUCACACGAAGGAUCCAGAGUCUUAAAAAGAAGAUCCGAAAGUUCGAGGACAGAUUUGAAGAAGAGAGGAAGUACCGACCUUCCCACAGUGACAAAGCGGCCAAUCCAGAGGUUCUCAAGUGGACGAAUGACCUUGCCAAAUUUCGGAAACAACUUAAAGAAUCAAAACUAAAGAUAUCUGAAGAGGACCUAACCCCCAGGAUGCGGCAGCGAAGUAACACACUCCCCAAGAGUUUCGGUUCCCAACUUGAAAAAGAGGAUGAGAAGAAGCAGGAGCUGGUAGACAAAGCGCUCAAGCCCAGCGUUGAAGUCACCCUGGAAUCCAUCCAGAGGAAGCUCCAGGAGAAGCGAGCGGAAAGCAGCCGUCCAGAGGACAUUAAGGAUAUGACCAAAGACCAAAUCGCUAAUGAGAAAGUGGCCCUGCAGAAAGCCCUGCUGCAUUAUGAAAGCAUUCACGGCCGGCCGGUGACAAAGACUGAACGUCAGGUUAUGAAGCCUCUGUAUGACAGGUACCGGCUGGUCAAACAGAUCUUGUCCCGGGUCAACACUGUUCCGAUCAUUGGGUCCCCCUCCAGCAAGCGGAGAAGCCCUUUGCUGCAGCCAAUUAUCGAAGGUGAAACUGCUUCCUUCUUCAAGGAGAUAAAGGAGGAAGAGGAGGGCUCGGAAGACGACAGCCACGCGAAGCCGGACUUCACAGUCACCCUGGAAACAGACUUCAGUGCACGCUGCUUCCUGGACCAAUUCGAAGAUGAUGCUGAUGGGUUUAUUUCCCCAAUGGAUGACAAAAUACCAUCAAAAUGCAGCCAGGACACCGGGCUUUCAAAUCUCCACGCCGCCUCAAUACCUGAGCUCUUGGAACACCUUCAGGAAAUGAGGGAAGAAAAGAAGAGGAUUCGGAAGAAACUUCGUGAUUUUGAAGACAAUUUUUUCAGACAGAAUGGAAGAAACACCCAGAAGGAAGACCGCAUUCCCGUGACUGAAGAAUACAGUGAGUACAAGCACAUAAAGGCGAAGCUGAGGCUCUUGGAGGCGCUCAUCAGCAAGAGAGACGCUGGCACCAAGGCCAUGUGAGGGCGGCCUGGCCUGGCCGGCCCAGGGGCUGCUGGGUGCACGGCAGGUUUACUGCUCUCCGGUGGAGCUCUGGAAGGCAGCCUCCUGGAGCCGGAAACGCAGGGCAAGCAGCCCUUCUGCCUCCAGGCCUGUUUCCAGCUCCUGCCUCGGGAACUGUCUCUCGAGGAAGACGAAUGUGACCUGCCUGAAGAAUUUCAUAAUGGGGAAGCCAAGCCGGCUACACACACACACACACACACACACACACACACACACACACACACACAGGAGUUACUAACACUGCAGCGAUGAGUCACUACAGUAGAUACAGCCGAGUUCUUCCCUGGAUAACUGCGAGGCCACCUCGGUCUAACUGUGAUGAGAACAAGCUCAGGACCUUCCUCUGCAGAGCGAGCUUACGAGGGAGGGCCGUGCUCUCCCUCAGCCCAGUUGUGACCAUGCAUUGGAGCCCUACUUGCUGCUGCUUUGGCCAUUCUAGUGUCCCUUCCACAGAGCUGCGCUUUCCCCGCUCGUCUGCACAGAUUUCCCCUCCAGCUCUUGGGGAGAUGGAAGCUACUGCCGCCCACAGUGGCCGUAUGGCCGCUCCUCAGGACUUCCUGAGCUGACAGAGCCCUUCAGCCCCUGAUGAGGACCUGGUCACCCUCAGAGGACAGAGGGAUUGCAGCUGCAGCCGCAUGAAUGCUGAUGUAAAAGCAGGGAACGUGAAGCCUGGCGAGUGUUUACUGAGUUGCUGCCCUCAAUACUCUCCCGUUUCAUAGCCAACACUAACUGAGGACCGCAUGCCUAUGUAGCCUGUUUGGUUGUGGCCCUAGCCAAACAUCAAGGGUCCUGCUUAAUUCUAAGCCUAACUGCUGAGGAUAACAGGAGAGGAAGCCUGUGUCUCCUGAAUACUUACCAGAUUUUAAUUUUUUUAAGAAAGCAAAUCUGCACUAAAAUGCAGUUAACUGUAGCCCUGAGCGCUACAAGCAGAAUCUUGUAGCUCAAGGCAGAAUCUAAGUCAAACUACUUUCAAGAUCAUGUAUAGAAAAAAAAAAAAUAAUGGUAUGUGGCCAAAUUUGAUUCUAAUGUUUUCAGACUGUUAUAAAGCUGUCUAUAUUAGACAUUUUGGAGGGACCAGGGAAUUUAAGACACCGAGUCAUUCAUCUCUUCAGUGUGCUUGACAUCACCUUAUGAUUUGUUCUUCACCUUCUGUGUCUGCCUGUGUUUGUGGGGUGCAGCCCAGCACGGCUGGUGACAAGACAGUGUCCAGCAGGCUGUGUCUUGAAGGCGGUGCUGUGUGAUGGUCAGGACAACAGGGAUGUCCUCCUGUUUGGAGAAUUCCCUUCUUAAAGGGUACAAUUUUGUUUUAAAAGGAAGAGAACGUAAAAGCAUCCUGACUGGUUUUCAGUUGUAAAAAUGGGUCUCGAAGGCCAGGGAUGUAGCUCAGUGACUCUGCGCCUGCCUGGCAGGUGCAAGGUCCUGAGUUCAGUUCCUGGUUCCCCGCCCCGCAAGUGGGUCUUGAGAAACACGUGGCAGACUGGAUAUAGUGCAGCACCACUGUGGACUCACGGCAGCAGCUCCGUCAGGUGGAAGCUGCUCAGGUGGAGCAUGGGGAAAUGAAUGCUUUUAUGUUUGCUCUUAAUCACGUAGAAGCAUGAGCUGUGUGUUAAAAGUGCCCUGGUUUUAAUCCACACACUUAAAGGCGGUACCUACAAAUUUAAAUGUACGUGAAAAUAUAGUUUGAUAUUCUUUGCUCUGUUUACAUUGCAGAUUGCUAUAAUUUCAAGGAGUUAUAAAUAAAAUGAUGCACUUUAGGUUGUUUUCUAUUUUUGAAAUCUGAACAUGAAUCAUGCACAUGACCAAAAAUUGUAUUUUUUAAAAGAAAUACAUGUCUAGUCUGUCCUUUUUAAGUACCUGUUCUCUUUAAGAAGCUAUGAUAUAAAUCAUUACCAGUUAACUUUUAAAGCACAUCUGUUUAAGAGUGUUGUUUUGAAAUACUAUAGAAUUUUUUGUAAAGCUGCAUAUAGGUGAGAAGCUACUAGAUGUUUUGAAAUCUGUUGCUUCUGCCAAAGAUAAAUUAAUGAGAAGAUACAUUCAGGAAUCCCCUUUCAAAUUUGUAUGAUUCAAUAAAAGAAACACCAAGUUAUAGUAAAAGAA